ACCGCGGCUGUCAAAUGCCGAGGACGUCGCAAAGAUGGUGAUCUUCAGUGUGUAUGUAGUCAACAAGGCUGGGGGGUUAAUUUACCAGUAUGACAACUAUGUGCCGAGAGCGGAUGCCGAAAAGACGUUUAGUUACCCUUUAGAUUUGGUGCUCAAGCAUCACGACGAGAAGGUGGUCGUGUCGUUUGGGCAGAGGGACGGAAUCAAAGUGGGUCAUGCAGUUCUGUCCAUCAAUGGGAUUGAUGUGAUGGGAAAGAGUACAGCAGAUGGGAAGGACAUUAUGGAAUAUUUGAAAGAUCCCGCCAAUUAUCCAGUGUCGAUUCGAUUCGGACGCGCCCGCCUCAGCUCCAAUGAGAAACUGAUGCUGGCAUCCAUGUUCCAUUCGUUGUUCGCUAUCGGAUCACAGCUGUCUCCCGAGGUUGGAAGUUCAGGGAUAGAAAUGCUGGAAACGGACGUGUUCAAACUCCACUGUUUUCAGACUCUUACAGGAAUAAAAUUCAUAGUGCUGGCAGACCCGCGACAAGCCGGCAUUGAUGCUCUUCUCAGGAAAAUAUACGAGAUCUAUGCAGAUUUUGCUCUAAAGAAUCCAUUCUACUCUCUGGAGAUGCCUAUCAGGUGUGAGCUGUUUGAUCAGAACUUAAAGAGUGCACUGGAGAUUGCAGAAAAGGCUGGUAACUUUGGAUCUGGAUCGUAAACAAGAAAAUAACUCAACGACAGUUAGUUUAUUUUGUUGGUUUAUAAAUUGUGGUUGUUUGCUGUGUUCCAUUGAGGAUGCAAUGACUAAACUGUACAUACAUCUUGUUUUGUAAAUACUAUUAAACUAAUAUUAUUUCAAGUGUCA